ACUAACGUCACUGUCAUCUCAAUUAACAAUUAGGUGCAAGAGUGGAAAUAAUCCUAUAAAUUCUAAAUUUCUAGCUCAAUUAAGGAUUUUAUAAGAUUUUGGUAAACUUUUAAUACAAGUCGAACCCAUUAGUACCAUAUUUGGAGAUAUUUACCAAAUACCUUUACCAUUCGUCAUCGGUUUUUAUCUGAGGAAAAACCUGCGUAACACUCAGCAGUCCGAAAGUUUCUUUAUCUCGAUAAACGUCUGCUCGAUAUUUAAGUGUGAUUACGAUGUCUUCCCGUAAAACCGUAAGCCGCAGGGGCACCACCAAAAAGAGGGCGCAGAGGGCCACCUCCAAUGUCUUUGCUAUGUUCGACCAAGCACAAAUCGCUGAGUUUAAGGAGGCUUUUAACAUGAUCGACCAGAACCAUGAUGGGUUUGUCGAUAAGGAGGAUUUACAUGAUAUGUUGGCCUCCCUGGGUAAAAACCCUGCAGACGAUUACCUAGAUGGCAUGAUGAACGAGGCUCCUGGCCCCAUUAACUUCACCAUGUUUCUCACCCUGUUUGGCGAACGUCUUCAGGGUACCGACCCCGAGGACGUGAUCAAAAACGCUUUUGGGUGCUUUGACGAAGACAACAUGGGUGUGAUCAAUGAGGAGCGAUUGAGGGAACUUUUAACUUCCAUGGGUGAUAGAUUCACCGAUGACGAAGUUGACGAAAUGUACCGGGAAGCGCCAAUUAAAAACGGUUUGUUUGAUUAUGUCGAGUUUACUCGCAUUUUGAAACAUGGCGCUAAAGAUAAGGAUGAACAGUAAAAUUGGUCAAUAUUUUAUUUGUUGUUACAUAUGAUUGUAUUGCAUUUUUUUUUUGGACAUCUGUUUAUAAAACAGCUUUGGCCUACUUUUAAAGGAAUUCUUUAUAAGGUAUGGGUGGGUUAAGUUGCAUCAUAAUUGCCUUUUAUACAUUUAUGGUAUUGAUUUGUUUUAUGUCAUGUAAACUGGUUAUUUGCUAUUGAUGCCGGUUUAACUAGAGGUCUUAAGAUAGUAAGUAGCAUAAUUUUUUAUAUUACCUAUUGGAAAUAGAUAUCUAUUUAAAA